UACAAAAUGAGUGUGUAACCAACUAACCAUGCAUAGAGAGAAACACUUGCACUUGAACCAGAUCACAAAUAUUCUCCUCAAAAUAAUUUUCAAGUCAUGGAAUAUCUCUUGAAGAUUUCAUGCCUUUUUUCUUUACUCUAUUCCAUUUCAAAACUUUUCAAGUUGAUCCUUAAACGUAGAAACCAAUCAUGUUACAUGUUAGCCUAUGAGUGUUUCAAACCAAAAGAAGAAACAAAACUCGACACAGAUACAUGUGUAAGAAUAAUCCUAAGAAACAGAAACCUUGGUUUAGAGGAAUUCAGGUUUCUCUUAAAAGCCAUGGUUAGUUCCGGAAUCGGCGAAAACACUCACUGUCCAAAAAUAGUUCUUGAAAGAAGAGAAACAUGUCCAACUCUCAAAGAAACAUAUGAAGAAAUAGAUGAAAUCAUGUUCGAUACACUCGACAACCUUUUCAAAAAAACAUGUUUCUCUCCUUCGGAAAUCGAUAUUCUUGUUGUCAAUCUCUCAUUGUUUUCACCAAUACCUUCACUCACAUCAAGAAUAAUAAACAGAUACAAAAUGAGAGAAGAUGUAAAAGUGUUCAAUCUUGCAGGAAUGGGGUGUAGUGCAAGUGUUGUAGCUAUUGAUCUUGUGCAACAGCUUUUCAAAACACAUGAAAACUCCUUAGGAAUUGUUGUUAGCACAGAAGAUCUUGGUUCUCAUUGGUACCUUGGAAAAGACAAAAACAUGAUGUUAUCUAACUGUCUUUUUCGUUCAGGUGGUUGUUCGAUGUUACUCACAAACAAAACGGAGCUGAAAAACAAAGCUAUCUUGAAACUGAAACACAUGGAGAGAACACUGAAUGGCGCUGACGAUGAAGCUUACAAUUGUUGCAUACAAGUGGAAGAUGAAGAAGGUUUUGCAGGUUUUCGACUAACCAAAAGUCUCGUAAAAUCUGCAGCAAAAGCAUUGACAGUAAACUUGCAGAGUGUGGUUCCGAAGAUUCUCCCAGUUUGGGAACUGGUACGGUUUUUUACAGUUUUGCUAUGCAACUGUAUUAAGAAAAUUCGGUUAAAAAAUAUUUUUUCGGUAUUUUUUAGCCGUAGUAAUGUGUUUGAAGGAGGAGGAAUAAAUUUGAAAGCUGGAAUAGAGCAUUUUUCUAUUCAUCCUGGUGGAAAAGCAGUUAUUGAUGGAGUUGGUAAGGGUUUAAGAUUGAAUGAAUAUGAUCUUGAACCAUCUAGAAUGGCACUUCAUCGUUGGGGAAAUACUUCAUCUAGUGGAAUAUGGUAUGCUUUAGGUUAUAUGGAAGCAAAAAAGAGACUGAAAAAAGGUGAUAGAGUUUUGAUGAUUAGUCUUGGAGCUGGUUUGAAGUGUAAUACUUGUGUAUGGGAAGUGAUGAGAGAUUUAUGUGAUACAAAUGUUUGGAAAGAUUGUAUUGAAAGUUAUCCUCCAGCAUCAGUGAGUAAUCCAUUUAAGGAGAAGUAUGAUUGGAUUCAUGAUGAUUGUCUUGGGUUUGGGAGGUAUGAUUAUAGCAGAUUGAAGCUUGAUUAGAAAAUGAAAUCACCAUCCAGAAAGAUUAUUAUGAUAUUGUGUUAGUUAAUUAGAACCAUGUUUGUUGUGCUAUUGAUUAUUAAUAAGUUUAAUACUAUCAUAUUGGUGUAUAAUGAUUAAACAUAUAAAUUUAUGUACAAUUGUGUGAGUUUAAUGACCUUGUUUUAUUUACUGUAUAGUACAAAUAGUAUUGGUUAGUACUUUUGUUGUGAGCCCAUUUGGUCUAUGAGUCCUCUUGUUUUGUUGUUAUGUUUGUUUGAGCAUAAAU